CCGGCGCUGCACAGCGCGCCCGCUCUCCCGGCUCGCGUGCAUGCCUACCCCAGGAAUGGUGUAGUCAGUCCGUAUCUGAAUUAUUUAUAGACUCGUGCCAGCUGUUUUUUCUUUUUCUUUUUUUUUUUUUUUGAUUCCGCUUGUGUGCACUGUUGGGAAAUGCGUUUUUCCUCUCUUUCUUCUCAAUAUAUUAAUGUCUUUGUUGGGGAGCGGUUUUUAUCCCCUUCAGACCCCUCUAAUACAAAAUUGAUGCUUAUUUUUCCCUUCAGGAAGGGGACGCUUUGAGGAUAACCAUGCUUCACAGAAGAACAGUGCCGACCUCCAGUUGCUUUAAACACCACCUCCUCUACUAGUGCUCCAGGAAAAAAAAAAAAAGAAUAAUUAUAAGAAUAAUCAUUUAAAAAAAGCGAAAGGAAUGCUUACUCUGGAACCUGCAUUUGACGAUCCUCACCACAUGCGCUGAAUAUCCUCUGAAGUGAUUCUCUCCUGCUUUUGAAUUUGCACUGCUUCAAGACGCAAGAUUGCCACAAAGAAUUCUCUAUUUUUUUUACAGCCAAAUAGGAUUUUUUUUUAACUCGUUCCCCCACGUUUGCCCCCCGACCCUUAUUCUUCUUAUGUGGAUAUGCAAGCAAGAAGAGGAGACUGGACAUUCCCAACAUGCUCUCUCCCUUGAUCUGUCCGUCUAGAGGUUCUGCUUCUACAAACCAAGGGAGUGUAAGAGCUGAAGAUGAGGCCCAGGGUAGAGUGCUACUCUACAAGGUUUUGGCUGGUGCUGGCAGUCCUCGCGACAACAGGGAGCGGGGCCCAUGCCCAGAAAAGCCACCCGAGCAUUGGCAUUGCGGUCAUCCUGGUGGGGACCUCAGACGAAGUGGCCAUCAAAGAUGCCCACGAGAAAGAUGACUUCCACCACCUCUCAGUGGUGCCUCGGGUGGAGCUGGUGGCCAUGAAUGAGACAGAUCCGAAGAGCAUCAUCACCCGCAUCUGUGACCUCAUGUCAGACCGGAAGAUUCAAGGGGUGGUAUUUGCUGAUGACACAGACCAGGAAGCCAUUGCACAGAUCCUGGACUUUAUCUCUGCCCAGACCCUCACUCCCAUCCUGGGCAUCCACGGAGGCUCCUCUAUGAUCAUGGCAGAUAAGGAUGAAUCAUCCAUGUUCUUCCAGUUCGGCCCCUCAAUAGAACAGCAAGCCUCUGUCAUGCUCAAUAUCAUGGAAGAAUAUGACUGGUACAUCUUCUCCAUUGUCACUACUUACUUCCCUGGUUACCAGGACUUUGUGAACAAGAUCCGCAGUACCAUUGAGCACAGCUUUGUGGGCUGGGAACUGGAGGAGGUCCUCCUGUUGGACAUGUCCCUGGACGAUGGGGACUCAAAAAUCCAGAACCAGCUCAAGAAGCUCCAAAGCCCUGUUAUCCUCCUCUACUGCACCAAGGAAGAGGCCACCUACAUUUUUGAGGUGGCCAACUCUGUGGGUCUGACAGGCUAUGGUUACACAUGGAUCGUGCCCAGCCUGGUGGCAGGGGAUACAGACACAGUGCCAUCCGAGUUCCCCACCGGGCUCAUCUCUGUCUCAUAUGAUGAAUGGGACUAUGGUCUUCCUGCCAGAGUGAGGGAUGGAAUAGCCAUAAUCACCACGGCUGCUUCUGAUAUGCUGUCUGAACACAGCUUCAUCCCUGAGCCCAAGAGCAGCUGUUACAACACCCAGGAGAAAAGGAUUUACCAGUCCAACAUGCUCAACAGGUACCUGAUUAAUGUCACCUUCGAAGGCAGGAAUUUGUCGUUCAGUGAGGAUGGAUACCAGAUGCAUCCCAAGCUGGUCAUCAUCCUUCUGACCAAGGAGAGGAAAUGGGAGAGGGUGGGGAAAUGGAAAGAAAAAAAGUUGCAGAUGAAGUAUUAUGUAUGGCCCCGCUUCGAGCUGUAUCCCGACUCUGAGGAGCGUGAGGACGAUCAUCUGAGUAUUGUGACCCUUGAAGAGGCACCAUUCGUCAUUGUGGAGAACGUGGACCCCCUCAGUGGCACCUGCAUGAGGAACACAGUCCCUUGUCAAAAACGCAUCGUGACCGAGAACAAGACUGAUGAGGAGCCGGAUUACAUGAAGAAAUGUUGCAAGGGGUUCUGCAUUGACAUCCUCAAGAAAAUAUCAAAGUCUGUCAAGUUCACCUAUGACCUCUACCUGGUGACUAAUGGCAAGCAUGGGAAAAAGAUCAAUGGGACAUGGAAUGGAAUGAUUGGAGAGGUCGUCACCAAACGGGCCUAUAUGGCUGUGGGAUCCCUUACCAUUAAUGAGGAGCGUUCAGAAGUGGUGGAUUUCUCUGUGCCCUUCAUUGAGACGGGAAUCAGUGUCAUGGUGUCACGUAGCAAUGGAACUGUCUCACCUUCUGCCUUCUUAGAGCCGUUCAGUGCUGACGUAUGGGUGAUGAUGUUUGUGAUGCUGCUUAUAAUCUCUGCAGUGGCUGUCUUCGUCUUUGAGUACUUCAGCCCUGUGGGCUAUAAUCGGUGCCUUGCUGAUGGCAGAGAGCCGGGAGGUCCCUCUUUCACCAUUGGCAAAGCUAUCUGGUUGCUGUGGGGGCUGGUGUUCAACAACUCUGUGCCAGUGCAGAAUCCCAAGGGUACUACUAGCAAGAUCAUGGUGUCUGUGUGGGCCUUCUUUGCUGUCAUCUUCCUGGCCAGCUACACUGCCAACCUGGCUGCCUUCAUGAUCCAAGAGGAAUACGUGGACCAGGUGUCUGGGUUGAGCGACAAAAAGUUCCAGAAACCUAAUGACUUCUCGCCCCCUUUCCGCUUCGGGACGGUUCCCAAUGGCAGCACAGAAAGGAACAUUCGCAACAACUACCCUGAAAUGCACAGCUACAUGGUGAAGUUCAACCAGAGGGGGGUGGAUGAUGCACUAUUCUCACUGAAGACUGGGAAGUUGGAUGCUUUCAUUUAUGAUGCAGCAGUGCUAAACUACAUGGCUGGCAGAGAUGAAGGCUGCAAGUUGGUGACGAUUGGGAGUGGGAAGGUGUUUGCCUCCACCGGCUACGGCAUUGCCAUCCAAAAGGAUUCAGGCUGGAAGCGCCAGGUUGAUCUUGCCAUUCUACAGCUUUUUGGAGAUGGGGAAAUGGAGGAGCUGGAAGCACUGUGGCUCACUGGUAUUUGUCACAAUGAAAAGAAUGAGGUUAUGAGCAGCCAGCUGGAUAUAGACAACAUGGCAGGCGUCUUCUACAUGCUGGGAGCAGCCAUGGCCCUCAGUCUCAUCACCUUCAUCUGCGAGCAUCUCUUUUACUGGCAAUUCCGUCACUGCUUCAUGGGUGUCUGCUCUGGCAAACCUGGUGUGGUCUUCUCCAUCAGUAGGGGUAUCUACAGCUGCAUCCAUGGUGUGGCCAUUGAGGAACGCCAGUCAGCAAUGAACUCCCCCACGGCGACUAUGAACAACACCCAUUCCAACAUCCUCCGCCUGCUUCGGACAGCCAAGAACAUGGCCAACCUGUCAGGUGUCAAUGGCUCACCGCAGAGUGCCCUGGACUUCAUCCGCCGUGAGUCAUCGGUCUAUGAUAUCUCUGAGCACCGCCGCAGUUUCACCCACUCGGACUGCAAGUCCUACAACAACCCCCCUUGCGAGGAGAACCUCUUUAGUGACUAUAUUAGUGAGGUGGAAAGGACCUUCGGCAACCUCCAGCUGAAGGACAGCAAUGUGUAUCAGGACCACUACCACCACCACCACCGCCCCCACAGCAUUGGCAGCACCAGCUCCAUCGACGGGCUCUACGACUGUGACAACCCGCCCUUCAACGCCCAGUCGCGGUCCAUCGGGAAGAAGCCCUUGGACCUGGGGUUGCCCCCUGCCAAGCACAGCCAGCUGGGUGACCUCUAUGGCAAGUUCUCCUUCAAGAGUGACCGCUACGGGGGCAGUGGGGCCCACGAUGACCUGAUCCGCUCAGAUGUCUCUGACAUUUCCACCCACACAGUCACCUAUGGCAACAUUGAGGGCAAUGCAGCCAAGCGGCGGAAGCAGCAGUACAAGGACAGCCUGAAGAAGCGCCCAGCCUCUGCCAAGUCCCGGCGGGAGUUUGACGAGAUAGAGCUGGCCUACCGCCGGCGCCCACCCCGCUCGCCCGACCACAAACGCUACUUCAGGGAUAAGGAAGGGCUACGGGACUUCUACCUGGACCAGUUUCGGGCAAAAGAGAACUCACCGCACUGGGAACAUGUGGACCUGACGGAUAUCUACAAAGAGCGGGGAGAUGAGUUUAAGCGUGACACGGUAGGAGGAGGUGGUGGGUCCUGCACCAACAGGGCCCACCACAAGCACGGCUCGGGGGAAUUCAGUGGAGGCAACGAGCACAAGCAUGGUGUUGUGAGUGGAGUUCCAGCGCCAUGGGAGAAGAACCUUACCAACCUAGACUGGGAGGACCGGCCUGGGGCUAAUUUCUGCCGUGGUUGCCCUUCUAAGCUGCACAACUAUACCCCGGCAGUCGUGGGGCAGAACUCCACCCGCCAGGCCUGCAUCCGGUGUGAGGCCUGCAAGAAGUCAGGCAACCUUUACGACAUCAGUGAGGACAACUCGCUCCAAGAGCUGGACCAGCCACCUGCUCCUGUGCCCGUGGCCACCAGCGCCACAUCCUCCUCCAAAUAUCCUCAGAGCCCUUCCAAUUCUGCCUCCAAGGUGCAGAAGAAGAACCGCAACAAGCUCCGUCGGCAGCACUCCUACGACACCUUUGUGGACCUGCAGAAGGAUGAUUCAGCCCUGGCACCCCGCAGCGUCAGCCUCAAGGACAAGGGCCGCUUUUUGGAGGGGAGCCCCUACGCCCACAUGUUUGAGAUGCCAGCCAGUGAGACCACCUUUGCCAACAACAAGUCCUCAGUGCCCGCCACCAGCUACCACCACCACAACAACCCCGGCAGCAGCGGGGGUUACAUGCUCAGCAAGUCGCUCUACCCUGACCGGGUCACUCAAAACCCUUUCAUCCCCACUUUUGGGGAUGACCAAUGCUUGCUCCACGGCAGCAAAUCUUAUUUCUUCAGGCAGCCUGUGGUGGCAGGAGGGCCCAAAGCCAGGCCAGACUUCCGAGCCAUUGUCACCACCAACAAGCCGGUGGUUUCAGCCCUUCACGGGGCUGUGCCAGCCCGUUUCCAGAAGGACAUCUGUAUAGGGAACCAGUCCAACCCCUGUGUGCCUAACAACAAAAACCCCAGGGCUUUCAAUGGCUCCAGCAACGGGCAUGUUUAUGAGAAACUCUCCAGUAUUGAGUCUGAUGUUUGAGUGAGAGGGGAAGAACGCGGGGAGGAACUAGGGGUGGAUGUGGAGCGUGGGAGGGUGGGGUGGGAUCAAUCCCAUCAGCUACUCUCCCGGAUCGUCCUUAGUUUGUGGGAUACUGGAGUUCUGUGUAGGGCAGCACUGGUGACAAGUGCCACCUCUUUGGUUUCCCCUCUUCCUCCUCCCCUUCCCCACCCUUCCCCUUUUAUCUCUUUUUCCAUGUUCUCGCUCCUUCCAUUCUCCUCCAUUCCUGGCCAUUGCACUUUACAGUGACGUCAGAGUUGGAUAUCCUCGCUCGUGGUUUCAUGGGGCGGGGAAAAAAAAGGCAGAGAAGGGGUGGGGUGAGCGGGAGCGACAGUGACUCUAGUGUUUCACUCUCACUGGCUCCCAUCAGAGAAAGGCAUGUGCACGCACACGUGUGUGUAGCAGGAGGAGACAGCAGAAGCAGUGUAAUGGACAUGCAGGAAAAUAUGCUUGCUCAGGCAACUCUUCCUAAAACUGCCUAGAAAAGAGUAACGUUUGAAGAUGUGGAGAAAGUGAAGGAGGAAUAACACAACUAACCUGAUGAUGCACUUACAUGUUAGCUAUUCUGAGGUUCUCGUUACAUUAUUUUGUGAAGACUAUGGGGGUUUAGGGCUGAAAUAUAUAUAUAUUAUAUAUAUAUUUGCGUAUAUGCUGAGAAAUUUUACGCUAACAUUUUGAAUUGUUUGCUGGGGGAUGUGGGAGGUGGGAGAUGAGAAGGGUUGUCUGCAGGUCUGGCUAGUGGUUUCAUUAUGACUAUUACAGCCAUCGGAUCUGUGACAGACCAGUGGGAGAGUUGGAAAGGAGGUGGGCUCUGAGUGUGGGAAAGCAACCUUGGAAUCAGGGAGGCUUCUGGGAGCUCUGACAGAGGAUGCUGGUUUGCACUGAAAUGACAGGAUCCUGGGGAUAGAGGAACAGGGCUAGUUUGCUAGCUAUGAAUUGCUCGCUAGUUGUGACAUACUUCAAGGGUGGGAGCAGUGUAUAAUAUGGGUAAGCCUAUACGCGAGUAUAUACAAUAACUUUAUACUUGAAAUGUCUGUGGAGAAAGCAAAAUAAACCCACAAUCCUAUAAGGUGUCUGGAUAACAAACACAGUGGAACAGAGCUAAAGAGUACAGGGCAAAGAUGGGGAGAUUUGUCACUGUUGCUUCAGGGGACACCAAGCCUGUUUUGGCACAUCCUUUUGGCAAGGAAGGCAGGACAAAGAAAGGUUUCAUCUUUCUGCCCUCCCUACCCUUGGCCAGCAGGUUGAAACAAGAGGAACAGGGUGCCCUCUGCCAACACUGGCAAGGUGCUGGAGAAGAAACAUGCUAUGAAGGGUGCGUGUGGUUGUGGUAAUGUUGGUGGACUGUUUCAAUGCCUCCUUGCACAAGUGGAAAGGAGAGGAGGGUGUGCGCACCCAUGGGGAAUAUAUAUGUAUAUUUACUAUUGAAUGUACAGGGAAAGUAUAUGGCUUGUCUUCCUGGGAGAAGAUGGACUUGAAUAAAUGCCAGAGAGCACAGAAACUUGUGCUGAGGCUGAAGACAAGACGUGCAAGGCUGAGAUGUGUGUGUACAUGUAUGUGUGCAUCUGCAUGUGAGAGAGAGAUACUAGCACAGGUGCAAAGCUGGAAUAGCCUAGGGUUUUCCAUCCCUGCAGUUGUAGUGACAGCUUUCCUGGUGCACCUAGUAUCAGUAAGAGUGUUUUUUCUUUCCAUUGUAUCAUUUUAGAUGCAAGUUAAACUAAACGAAGGGAAGCAAUGGUAGGAGUGAGAAGUUGAACUUCCCUUUCAUUCGUCUUCUUUUCCCAGAGAAUCUGAGGUGGGAGUGUUGGCUGACCUCUCCCAUCCUGAAACAUGUGGCAAAGUCCCUCCUGUUUUUCCUGGGUCUGUCACAGUGUCUUAAUGACCAUGGCUCCCCAGGGGGAGGGUUGAAAGAGCCCUGUGUUAAUGGCAUGGGGACGCUCCUGGGGACUGACGCUAAACAGAGAUGGCAGCCAUUUCUUUAUGAGCCACAUUUCUUGGAGCUGAAAGCCACCUCUCUCUCAUUCCUCACCACACCCUGGUUGAUUUUAUCUUUCUAAGCCAACAGAAGGCCUUUUAUUUAUUUACCUAUUUAUUAAUUUAUUUUUUAAAGCUGGGGCGGGGAGAGGGUGGGAUUUGCCUGUAAAGUAAGAGUGUGAGGAGAGGGUGGGCAGGGUUGGUGAGGGGAAUAUUUCCUUAGAUUUCAUGGAGGAAAUUAAGGAGAGAAGAGGGAGAGAGUCUUUGUAAUGCCACCCGUUAGUCUUCGGGGUAAGGGAAUUUCUUAUUCUUUCCCUCUUCUCUCAUUACAAGGACAAAAAAGAAAAAAAAAAAAAAGAAACCAAACAAAUUAACAGAGCGAUCUGCAAUCCAGAACACACGGCAGCUUGUCAGAUGCCUCUGACAGUGGCCACCAAGAAGGCGUUCCUUUCAUUUGUAAAUAUUUCUUUUUUAAUGCGUUUUUGUAUAAAUUGGUGUUUCUCUUCUCGUGAAUAUUCAGGUCGUGGGGUGGGAGGGGGGGAGUUUGUUUCCGUUCUGUUUGUUUUCUACGACUUUUCAGGCUGCGUUUUUGGAAGCGGUUUACGCGGGUCGAGGCCGUAUGAAUGAGGAAAAAAAAUGAGAGAGAGAGAAAAUCAUGUGUGUUGUGUUCCCCCGAGGCCCCCCGUAUCGCCCCGUCACCUUUAUCUUCAUGAAAGGAAGACGCCGGAACGUCACUUCAAGCCUUGCCAGCAGGGUUUCAUGUUAUGAUGGGAACACCCCCAAAUCCUUUUUGCAUAAAAACUCUCUGUACCAGCAUCUCUCUGUGGAGUUUGGGCCUCAAGGCAUUACGCUGUCUUGAUAGUGGUGGGGUGAACCAUCAAGUUGGCCGCUCAGGUUGGACCAUCACUUGACAUUAAGAGACUUCUCCAGUGCUACUUUGGUUUAGAAAUCUUGGACCUGGGAAAGCUCGUGAGAAUUUCUGGUAUUUCCUAAGGGCUUGGGGGGGGGGGGGGGAACUUGACAGCUGGCAAGGGCAGCUAAUCUCUUUGGUGGUUAUUUCAGUACUUUCCGUCCCUCCCCACCUGGAACGAGGAAACCUGGAGGGUGGCUCUGCAGGGAAAUUAAGCCGAAAACAAACCAAAAAGAAGUUAAUGGAACUUUUUUCAAAUCUCUUCUUAAAGGUUCUGAUUUUUGUGUUUCGGGGUGAAAGUUGGUUCAUAUUUUCUCCGAACUGGUCUGUCCCUUGUUCCACUGAUUGGCAAAUGACAGUUUGCCAAAAUCAUUAUCUAGUGUUGAUACUGUGUAGCACUGUUAACACUCUGAGUGCUCUGCAAAUAUUAACUGUGCCACAAACCACUCAAAUGAAUGCUCUAGGGCAACCAGAAAAGAAGGAUUGGAAAUUCUGGACUGAACUACUGGUCUAACUGCAGGAGUCUGGUGUUUUGCCUUCUCCCAUAAUAGAUUAGGCCAUGUGUCCAUCAGGUUAAUCCUUUCUCCUAUAAGCGAUCUUUUCUGGUUGCUUUGUUUAUUUUAGUUCUAACAGGUCAAGAAGUUUUGGGACAGAGGUGAAGGGGAGGGGUUGGGAGGGGGAGGGUGUAAUUCAUAAUCCAGAAAUAAAUCAAUGAUGUUAUUAAACUCUGAUUAUAUAUUUAGAAUUUUAGAUUUGGUGUAUUUUCAUUCUAAGUAUUCAAGUGAAUCAAUCAGGUAAUAUUAGCAGCAGGUGUCGUCUAUACUAGAAUACCACCCAUGUGCUGUUUAUUACCUGUCCAAAAAAGAAUGGGAUUUCAUAUGAGAGCCUGACAAAAUUCCAUAUCUCUCCCUUGCCAUUUCUCUCUCUCUCCUGUAGAAACACCAGUAUUUUCUGGGGCAGUGGCUGGGAACAUUUUCCCUCUCUGAAAGUUUCUGCACACAAGAAAAAUGAGCAAAACCCAUUGCGUCCUCUACAGUUUGGUGACCUCUACUAUAUAUUUGCAGCCAGCCUCCUGGGAAAGAUUAGGCGCCUUUGGCAAUGUUUCUGACAUUUGCCUCCUCACUGUAGCCCCAGGCAUGGCUCUCUGAGAGGUAUUUGCAUGAGCCGUGCUCUUCUGAAGUGGCACUGGAGUGUAUGUACUCAGCUGAAGGAGGAUGUGAGGAGAAGGAGACGGAGGAGGAAAUAUUCCAAAACCAUCAGAAAUGUGCCAUGCGCAGUGGAAGCAGCCGGCAGGUAGAACUUGCAGCCAUGGAUCUCCAUAUAAUAAACCUUCUUGGAGUACUCACACCAGCUUUUUACUGUAGCAUGACACAACACAGGCUGGUGUGGCACUUUGUCUCCUACCAUGCCUUCCAGCGAGGGCAAUAUCAGAACUUGUCAUGUCACAUCAUAAAUAGGGAAGAAAAGCUGCAGUCAGGACUUGUUGUCAGUCGAGACAAUGAAGCACACCGGCCCCACCUCCUCAGCAAAAAAUCAUCCUGUUCUCUCUGAUAUCCAGCAUGCUCCGUCAGAAUUCUCCAAGCGAGAACCCUAGUGGGUUCAAACUGCUCAGCAAUAUGCAAGUAUGAACUUUGCUCACUGGAAAUUGAUACUUCAAUUUCCAUUGCAUAGGGGGAGGAAGAUUCCUCUGUGAUGUCCUGAAGGAUUUGUUGAAGGAGUUAGAGUUGCCAGGAUGGGCCUCUUUGCUUCUGACUUCUUCAGCAAUGCAUGCUGAUGUUGAGCUUCUCACUCCAAGAAGACACUAACAUCCAUCUUGAAUAAAGCCCCUUUGUACCUUCAAAUCAGGGUUGUUUCUCACAGCAACAUUGCCAGCAAAAGAGAGAGGGGGAGACAGAAAACAUAUGAUGGUGGUGACAGGUUAAAGUGAUCAGAGAUACCUCAGGGAUCUUUAUAGGCAGGUCUUUGCUUUAGAGCUUUCUAUCAAAUGUGGCAUAUCCUCCCACCUCCAUUGCUUAUCAACAGAUGGAAGCAAGCCUGGGAACACAGCCAAUGAUCAGACUUAGGUUUUUCACACAUCCUCCACUCCAGUCAAGCAACCUUUGAUGAGCCCUUCCCAUGGAGAAGGGUGGGAGGUUGCACUUCCCCACGUAUUUUUGGUUGCCAAAAAGAAAAGAGAAAGGGGAUGGGAAAAAGAUGAGGAGUGUUGAUGAAGGGACUUUGUGCUGGCUGACUGUGCCAUCGCUCUAAGGAAUUAUACUCCACCUUUCCUGCUCAAUCCAAGCUGGCAAAGCGUAGGGUCCGGUUAUGCUGCCUCUCUGUGGCAUAUGCCUGGCUCACUACAGGAGUCCAUGGGAGCUGUGUGUGAGAAAGGAACUGGAUGGCUGACAACACAUGGGGAUGGACUCCAAGCUGCGAUCCCUGUCCGCACCCACUCUUUCCCAUAAAUGCUUCCCUGCUGCUGAACACACCUGGCGUGUCCACGUGGAACACACCUACCAUGCUGCUGGAUGCUGCAGGGCACAUCAAGAUAGUAACUAGUGGGACUCAACUGUCGUCCCCACAAGGGCUUAUUUUCAAUUUGCAGCCAAAUAGAUUUCCAAGCCAUAGACCCUCGCUGCAUUCACCCACCUAUACUUCCCUGUGCCUCCCUCCCUUCUCCCCCCUCAAAGGCAAGCUGGGGCGCUGACUGCCUCACUGGCAAUACAAAUGCUAUAGCUCCAUUUUCAUCAUGGGCUCCCUGGAACUCCCUGGGGCUGACUGCAGACAGACCUGGGUGUCUGGCAUUAGAAUAACAAUGACAACAACAAAAAAAAUCACCUUGCAAUUGGCUUUGAGUUCUUUCUUCAUCUCUUGAGCAUCCCAAAUUGCUCUUCUAGCCAUGCCAUUUGAGUGAAUUCUGGCACCCUUCUGUCAUUACCGACAACAGAACUGACACAGAAUGAAUCUGCUUGUGUGUAGAAAAAGGCAGUGAAACUGCGUCACAGAGAGCAGGACUCACGUCUGCUGAUGCCAAGGGUACAGUCCUCUGACUGCUGAGGUAAAGGAAGAUCUCUGUGAUGCAUUAGUAGUUACAGAUCUCUUAACCUGCUGGCCUCCUGCCAUUAAAGGUUGACACAGCAAACACCAGUAUGCACUCGAACAGGUCAGAUGAACUCCACAUGGUGGGACAGGGGUUGCUCUGGCACAUGCACACGUUUGAGACAUAAUGGGGAAAUGACAUACAUGUGAACAAGCCUUAUGCAGCAGGAAGCUGUGAGGCUUGCAUGCCUGUACACAGACACAGACACACACACACACACAUACACACACACGGUACAUUGCAGUAUGCUUAGUGACUCUGUCCCACAAUGCAUUUUUGCCAAGUAGGAACAACGUGACCUUUCCUAGUGUUCUGCUGGUAGUUAUUUAAUUUAUGUAUUCACUUUGUGACUUUUACAUCAUCUGCUUUCUUGACUGCAGCAUUAUUGUGUAAAUACAUGUGUAUAUAUGUACAGAAAUUAAUUCAAGCAAUUAUAUUCAGGUUGGGAAAAGGGUGGUUUUUAUAUCUGUACAGUAUUUCCUUAUUAAAUAAUGGCAUGGGGGGAGGGUUGGGAAAGUUAACUUCUAAAUUGUGGUUUUAUUGGUCUGUGGUGUUUGAAGUUGUUUCAGUGGUUGCUUUUGCUGGUUCGGAAAGUUUAUCUGGAUGUUGUAUGUGUGCCAAGAAAGGGUCCCCAAACAGGGGAGGCUUGGGAUUGGUGAGGGGUGGUGGGUAGCAGAGGGUGUUAAUAAUUUCCUGUAAUAAAAGCUGUGUUGAUUGCUAGGGACUGUUUGUGUGAGGCACAGGGCUGUUUCCUUCUCUAUGUGCUUUGCUCUUUGAUUAAUUUCUCUUCUCUGGUCCCUAUUGUCUGUUCUCUGGAACCUCAGCAGAAAACCUUUGUUAAUGAUGUGGACUACAGGGAUCUUUCUCUGGGCCUUCAUCUCCUCCUGACCAGCUCUUCCAUUGCCCUCUUUUCAUGGCCUUCCCAGUACCAGUGGGUGGGGAGACAGCAUUGUCUUGAACCCUCUGUGCAAUUCUUGUCCAUUUUACUUCCUCUCCUUUAGACCCUUUCUGACCAUCCUCUAAGUAUGACCUCAUUUUCAGCUAUUCUGGUCUCUCCAGCAGUUUACUGCCUCAUCUCCCUGGCCUCUUAUGCACUUAUUUCCCAUCUUGCUCAUGCUGAUUCUUCAAUCUCAUCUCUACGCCUCUUUCCUCAGAAUGACUUAUGCUGGCUGUUUGCCCACUCUGCUCUUCUUAUUACUGUCUUGUUGCUCUGUUGUCUUCACUGGACUCUGCAGUGCUGUGCAGAAAAGGUAUGGAGGGCAGGCCUCUGUUUCUCUUUUCCUGGAAAAUUCUAGCUCUGACCAGAUUUUUAGAAGAUGGUAUUUGAUAGCUAUUUUUGGCUUUUCUGAUGCUUUCACUGAGGUGGUGUUCUGCUCUUGCCCAUUCAAGAAAAAAGAAACAAUCAGUCUGGCAAAUUAACCAGUGCAAGAAAGCAGCAAAACUGUCUUUUCUGAGAAGGCCAAGAGAGAUAAUAUAAUUUCCUUCCUGGGGAGCUAACUGAUGAAUGCAGAGCAGAGUCAGAUAUACUUUUAAUCCACUUCAGGUUGAACCAUGUCCGACUCAGUAGAGUCUGUUUGCUUUUACUCUAUAUGAACCAAGCAAGGCUACUGGGAAGAAGUAAGCUAUCUUUUAGAAGCACAGGGCUACCUUCCUUAAUCUCCUUGAGGCCAGUGGUUUGUAAAUGCCUACAUGAUGUUCUGAGGUGUUAGAAAGCUGGGAAUGAACAGCUGGUAGGAUUUGAUCCCUUUCUGUCUGACAAGUCAGUAUGAGCUGGUGAUUGGCCCUAGCUGACUGAGCAGGCUCUGUGGUCUAGCUUGGUGUUAGUAAGAGAGGAAAGUGACUUGAGUGUGACCUGGUGAAUAUGUGAAGGCAGGGACAGUGUAAAACUGGUAAGGGUUGCAGGCAGAUGCCAGGACACUUCCUUCCUGCCUUGUCCCUUUUGGAUCAUUGCUCCUCUGAAUUUCAGAGGAACUUCACCAACCCACCAUUCUCCAGACAGGUUGGGACUGCCAGCAAUUGCCUUGGCUGCUCAUCCCUGAAGACAUCUGGGUCUGCUAGUCACAGCUGGAGAAAUGGCAAGUCAGCCUCCCUGCGUAUGCAUAUGUACUGCCAUGUGCCACAGUUUCUGAGGUUUCAAGCUGUACUGUAUGAAAGCAUAUGAGCCAUGCAGGGAGCAAUGGAAAGGGUCAGCAUGCCCUGAGGUUAUCCAGAGCAGUAGUCUUCUCCUAGCUGCUGCUGCUACCAGCUCUUGCUCAGCUGCUGUUGCAGGCCUGGAUCUCCAAUUCCUGUGGUGAGAGAAACCACCACAGCCACAUGGGAAUGGUGCUCCCCUCAAAGGAGUGAGCAGGGUUGACAUCACUCUCAUGUACCCUUGUUAUGACCUUGUCAUGGCUUUCUCAGUAUGUUGCACAAUGGCCCGUGUACUUGUGAAUACACAGCUGCAAAUAUCUGUCAGUCUGGGAGGAGGUGUACGCAUGAGUUUGUGUAUUUUAUUGACUCCUGGCAGAACUCUAAGCAUAAGCAAAAUCAGAAACCACUGGGCCCAUCUGGUGCUACCCUGACCAUAUGCAUCUGUGUGGUAGCUAUCUCCUUGGGAGGACAUCCCAUAGAUUAAUUUUUGGCUGAACUGGUGGGUCAGCUUAGUGUCACCAAACUCCUUCCUGUUUUUCCUCUGCUUAACCAAUGUGCCAUAAGCAUGAUGCAUUUGCAGAGAGCACAUCUAUCCCAUAAGACUUCUAUCAAAGCCCACGGGCACUAGCUGGUGAGUCCCAUGUUGCCUUUAUAGUUGCCCCAGAACAGACAAAAAUUAGUCAAGGGGAUAAGAUGGAAGUCUUGGGCUUGUGCUUUCUUCCUCUGCACCUCCUCCAAGCCUUGGAACUAGAUCCAUACACAUAGUUAGGCAGCUAAACUCCUGUGAAUUUCAAGGAUUUUUGAGCAUCUACUUAGGGGUUUAGAUGCCUAAAAUGUCCUGUGUGGAUACACCUGCUUGUGUGGGCCUCUUCCUGUAAUGCAUUUUGCCAGGUUUCAUCUCCCAGGAACUCACCAUGCUUGAACAUAGCUUUGAGGGGUUCCUUCUGCUUGAGAUCCCCAUGUGUAUGUUGCAUGCCUAUUGCUACUUGUUUGUAUUUCUUGCAUGCGUCUACUUGUGGGGUGGUAGGGGUGGGUUCAUAUUGGUAUGUGUAUUUAUGCAGCCUGCACACAUUAUAUAUGUAUCUGUAUGUGUGCUUGGAUGUGUGUGUACGCAUGUGUUUGAGCUGAGCGAAAAGUGUAUGAAGCUGUAUGCUGCUAAAGCCAGGUGAUGGGUACCCAUAGGUACCUUGGCAGCCCUUCCAUUGCUCUUGCUUACCUGGUAGGCCCUGGCAUGGCUGCUGUGGUUAGGACUCUGGAGGACCAGCUCUGAAUCAGUGACCAGGCUGGGACACAGACUCCUCCUGCAGAUGGUUUGAAUACAGCACCAGAAACCCAUCCCAUGCAUUCAUUCACUUCUGUGCUGAAUCCACUGUGCCAUAUUUUCAAACCAUCGUGCCACACUCAUUACCUACUUAGGCCUUAACUGGUAGGCGAAGCAGGAAGACAAUCCUUCACUGACCUGUAAAGUAUUUCAGGAGAGACUUGUUAAAUCCUGUCCCGUGACUUAAACAAGAGGCUCCCCGGUGCUUUUCUUUUGCCUCCCAGGGCAAUGCAAGUACUGUAAUUCUAUUUGCAAGCAAGCAGUAGCCUCUCCUUCCUUGCUCUUGGGUCAGAUAGACAUAGGGGAAACCUAAGCUGUGGUGGAUUGAUCUCCCAUGCCCACUACCCGGAAGAACACAUUCCCACCUGGAGUUGGGUAGGGAGCUUGAAAAUCCCAAGCUCUUGGGAGAGUUAAGUUUCAUCAGAGGAGCUUGUAAGCAGGGAGUUACGUGGCGAGGAAGGGUGGUAGGUAGUGAACUUUCUGCAACCAUCCUCAAUCCCAUUCAUUUCCAGGGGAGAUCACUACACCAGUAGCAUCACAGAGGCUGACCUUUUGGGAGGGCCCUACAGUGCCAACCAGCACAGCACUUUAACUGGCUGAACUGCAACACUGCUGAACAAGACAUUGUUGUCCUCUGCCAGAAGCCAGAAAAGACAAUCAGGACCUCAUGAAGAGACAUCAUGACUAGUCAGAUGAGGAAGGAGCAGCACUCAGGGGCUAGUGCCCUCAUCAUUUACACUACCUUAAGUCUUUUUAACCAACCCACUAGUGUUGGUGUCACUGGGCAUCUUUGAUUUUUUUUUAAACUUAUAUAUAUAACAUGUAACAGAGAAUGCAUCUGUGGCCUCCAGUGACUCCUUCCAUCAGAGCAUAUCCAUCCACCUCUUCUGCUUUCUUCCAUGUUCAGCCACUCUUUACUCUCAAUCAAAUUGUAUCCUGUGCUCUGCCAGGCUUGUCUUUUAUGGAAGAGGAGAUAUAUGUGUAUGAGUGUGUGUGUAUGUGUGUGUGUGUAUUUUAAUUAUUAUUACUAUUAUCAACAUGCUAUACACCUAAAAGCUCCUAGCAAGGUGGAGCCUUCAAGAGGUGCUGUAGGAAAUGACCUUCUCACUAGAUGCUGAUCAGUGCGGAGGUUAGCACAGAAAGCUGCUAGCUUUGGAGGCCUCUUUGCCUGUCUGGUUGCUUUUCUUAUCUUUGGAGCAGGCUCUCUCUCACAUGUGGUCAGAAAUGCAGCAAACUGCUCUUUUUAGCUUUGCAUUUUCAAAAUUUCUAAUGUGGAAAAAAUAGUUUGUUGAUUAGUUGGGGUUUUUUUGUUUGUUUGUUUUAAGCAGUCCUUUUAGUGGGAGCAAGGAGGUGUUUUCAGCAAUACAACUUUCUGAGACCUCAGUUCUGUGCAGUUAUUGUUUAUAUGGUUCAGCUGUGUUUGGGGUCUUUCCUUUGUAAAUGUUUUUUCUGAAUGGCAGGGCUAUCUUGAAACGUCUCUUUGCCAGUGACCAAAGCACCAUCUGUAAUUGGAGGCAAAGGCUGGUAUAUAGAAGAGGCAGCAGCCUUUUGGGAAGUAGCUUUUAAUGGACUUCCCUGUGGAGUCACAGAAGGCAAACUAUUUAACAGCUGCAGGGGUGUUUGGGUUUUUUUUUCACACUCCCUCUCUUUUCCUUUUUUUUUUUUGUUUUUUCCCUUAAAAGGUACAUAUUACUCCAGGGACCUUUACGGUCGCCCCAAAUGCCGCUGUGAUGUGGUACACGCAGGCUGUGCCGCGGUGGGAGGGCAGCAGUGGCCUCGCCAGGCGGUGACAGCCCUCCCUCUGUCCCCUCCCUCAAGGAACGGUGACUUUUCGGGUGGUGGAUCCACCACUGCUGUCAAAAAUGGUGACUUACCCAGGGCUCGCCUCGCUGCUGUCCCCUUUCAGACGUGGCUGCCACAAGUGAUGCCCUAGUGGUAACACAAGCCCUGGCCCCAGCCACCACCCGUCCUGGGAGGAAAUGCAAAAUCCAGAGGUGCUUUGCUGAGGACCCAUGACAUUUUUGGGGGAGGGUGUCUGACUCUGGGAGCCCUCAAGGCCUAUCCGCUCCCAUCGUGUUGGAUCCCUCUAGUAAGGAGGGAGAAAGGUUUUUUUUUUCCCGGUGGUUUCCGUGGCGAUUCCUGGAGCAGGGGCCUUGAGGCUGCUGGCAGGCAGGACCCGAAGGUGGUGGGUGCUCAAGGGAGACUGCCCUCUGACUUCGGUGGGUGCCAGGUCAGACCGUAGGGUUGGUGGGGGAAAGAAAACCGACCAACCUACGUGUGGUUGGGAGGUGGGGGAAAGGAGGAAAAAUGGAAAAGAGGGAGGGAGGCUGGCUGAGCCGGAGUGCGUGGCUGGAAAGGCCUGUGCUGUCCUCUCAGCGCCCUUUUUUUCUUCCUCCUAGUAUGAGGUCCCCCUCCACAAUCCCUCUCACCCCAAAAUGUAAGUGGGGCUCUGAGGCCCACCAAGGAAGGGGACAAAUGCAUGACCCCUCACGGGCCGGAGCUGCUCUUCUUCGCUGUCCCUGAGCCGUUAGUGGAUAGGGCUGACCCUCGGCUUGGGCGAGGCCAUCUGAGGCUGAGCGGAGCCCCACAGAUCACUAAGUAGGGUUAAAUGUGGGGGGCCUGGGCAUGUGGCCAGAUCCUAGUGUUGUGACGCCUGAGAGAAAGCCUAGCACCUUCAUCCUUUGGCACCUGGAUGUGGCUGAGAGCAGUAGUGGAGGGCUGUCAUGUCGACUAGGGUUGGGGCAGGUAGCGUCUCUAGAGCUGGCACAGGUCAGCGUCUGCUGUAUUUGAUUUCUAACUAAUGUACAUUUGCUUUGAGAGCACGUUUGAUGAACUCAGUCUAUCAACCAAAAGAAAUACUCGCCUCCAGUGUAAGUCUUCUACUGCCCAACACUGCUACCUCCUCUUCUCUUGAGCUGUUGGUAUUUUGUGGUGGACAUGGCCACACGUCAGGCUGUUGCACACAGCAAAUGUUUCCCUAUCCACUUCUGAGACCAUUUUUGCCUGAAUUUUUGCCUCCUCCUCAUCCCCUUUACGCACACACAUGCACGCACACACACGCACACACGUGCCCACCUCCAGCCACUCCACUGGUGAAAUCAGAGCCACAAAGACAUGAGUGCCAAAUGACUUUUUAUUUCUCAAGUAAAUGAUUAAGAAAAGGUUUUGUUCUUUUUUUUUUUACAUAUGCAAAUGUAAAAGGGAACUGACAGCGAAUUGGUGGUGGUGAGAGGAAAUGGGAUGUUUUGUAACCCUAGCUGCAGUAAAAAAAAAAAAAAAAAAUACAUUAAAAAUAUUUAAAAAACACAAAAAGGAAAAAAAACUUGAACUAUUUUGGAAAUAUUGUGAAUAAUUUUUGAUAUAAAAACUAAUUUUUAUGUAGCAUGAAAACCACCAAAAUAAAAUGAUCAAGAAUAAAAGCUGUGCAGAGGGUGUUUUUGUUUAGUUGUUGAGAGAAAAGGAGGGAGAGAGAAACAGUGGUGUGUGAGAGAGGGAUGCUACUGUCAUGGCCUUUACUACAAGUUUCAUAAUACGUGAUGUUUUUCUUUAGUCUUCGUUACUGGAGUCUUGUGAUUAUGUAAAAAAAAAGAAAAAAUCACAACUCAUAUUUUAUGAGAAAAGAAGCUUUUAUCUCCAACUGCUGUGGAGAAAAUCUUGAAAAUAUGAACGGAAUGAAUCCCAAAUGCUCAAAAGACAAAAGGCAAAUUAAAAAUGACCAUGAAUUGCUUUUAAGUGUUAACAGUUCUUCUGAUUUUUUCCUGCUCGAUUUAUGCUUUUUGAGUAAUUGAGUUUGCGGUUCGGGGGAUGCAGGUGUGAAGGAGAUGAAAGAUUAAGAGAGGGCUGACAAGUUUUGAUUUUUGUUAUGUGAGGCACAGGAGUUAAACUGGAGUAUCUUCAUGUCUCCUCCCAAGUGAGGAAAUGAGGCACUCUCCUUUCGCAGGAUAUAUUGCUCUUCAUUCUUAAAAAAAAAAUAAUAAUAAUUACAGGUGUCUUAAAGGAAGCAGUCUGCCUCUCUGAAUCCCAGACAGAACAGUAUGCCCUCUCAGCACUUCAGUCCCUUUUAGAAAUGAUGGUGGUGGUUCUCUUCUCUCCUGAAUGAAAUGGGGUGUUAGUGCUCUUUGCCUCCUGGUGAGCUCUUAUGCAAGGCACUGGACCACUAGAUUGCCUUCAAGGAGGUGGUAGCAGCCAUCCCACUCUACAGUGCAGCAAGAGAAUGGUCCCUUGAACUGUGAGAGGACAGAAGAUGCCAG